UCGACAAUUGAUCACAAUUCACCGUACUAUCUUGGACCGCAAGACCGGCUUGGUGAUUUUAUUACCCCGGUAAGGUUGAACGGUGACAACUACGUUGGAAGGUCAAACUCAAUACGGUUGGCCCUUUGUGCGAGACGCAAGUAUUGUUUCGUUGAUGGCACCUUGUUGAAACCGAACCCUCCCUGCACAGAAGAUGAUUGGAUGACACUCCACUCUAUGAUCGUCUCUUGACUGCUCAACACAAUUUCUGCUGAGUUGAAGCACACAUUAACAAACUACGAGAAUGCUCAUCAAUUAUGGACUGACCUUAAGGAAAGGUAUUCCAUGGUUGAUGGCCCUUGAAUUCUUCAAGUCAAGACUGACUUGGCCUGUUUCGAACAGCCAAAAGGGAUGUCCGUGGGAACAUACUACGGAAAAUUAAAAACACCGUGGGAUGAUUUGGACAAACUUGAACCCAUACCUGUCUGCAAAUGUAGUGGUUGCAGCUGUGAAUUGAACGCUCAACUUGAAAAAAGAAGAGAAUCUGAGAGGUUUCAUCAGUUUCUCAUGGGCCUCUCUCCGGAAUUUUUUGCGUCAAUUCGGUCUCAACUGCUGACCUAGACGCCGUUGCCAUCCUUAAAUCGAGCCUAUCAACAGGUUUGCAAGGAAGAGCAGGUUCGAGGAUGGGCCAGGCCCGUGAUGACAGGGAGGUGAUGGGUUUCGCUGUUAACGUCGAUGGGCGUCACAAAGCCGGAUCUGGGAAGCAAGACAAGUCCGGCAUCACUUGCGGCCACUGUAAUAUUCCGGGACACGAAAUCUCGCGGUGCUUUGAGCUUGUCGGUUAUCCAGAGUGGUGGGGGGACCGGCCCAGAUUCACGUCAAAGAACGGCGGACGUGGUGGCAGAGAUUCAGCCGCUCGAGGUGGUACUAGCGCAGGUCGCGGUUGCGGUGGCGCUCGAGCUCACGCAGCGGCGGUUGAGGGGGCUUCUCUCUGUGUGCGACAUGACUCUGGCGAAGAAAAGGCUGGUCAGUUGGAUAAAGGGGAUGAGUAUGACCGACUUAUGCCAGGCUUUACGCAAGACCAGUGGAAGGCGUUUUUAAGUGCCUUUGGACCGACGCUCGAGGAGGCUGAUUGGAGCGGGUGAGAGGCGGAAUGGACUUUAUUAUUUCAGAGAUAUUGCUGAAGCACAAAUUUUUGGAGUACACAAACAAGAAUGAUGUAUGGACGUUUGGCAUCGGCGGCUGGGACAUCCGUCUGAAACAAUAAUGAAAUGGCUGCCUGGUGUGAGUGGCUCUCAACAUAUUAUUAGUCAACCAUGUGAUAUUUGUUUUCGAGCCAAACAUACCAGAGAGUCUUUUCCUAAUAGUAACAGUACAUCUACGCAUAUUUUUGUGCUUAUACAUUGUGACUUGUGGGGUCCCUACAAUACCCCAGCGACUUGUGGUGCCAGACAUUUUUUAACUAUCGCAGAUGAUUUUCCCCAUGCUGUUUGGGUUUAUUUGCUGCUAGAUAAAACUGAGGUGUUUCCUAUUUUAUGUCCUUUUGUGCAAUGGUGGAUAGACAGUUCUCCCGAAAAAUUAAAGUGGUGCAUAGUGACAAUGGCACUGAAUUUAAUUGCCUUAAAAACUUUUUGAGUGCAUCAGGCAUUCUUUUCCAAACCUCCUAUGUUUCUACACCUU